AUUUUAUAAUAAAUAAAUGCUUUGCUGCAAUAAAAGAAAGAAGAAAUAAGAUGAUGGAAUAUAAGUACUAAGGAGGACCAAAUUAGAAAUAGUAAUUAAUUUUUUAUAUUAUGAUAGUAAUAAACUUAAGAAAUUAAUGAUGAAGCUAUGACAUUGUAUUAAACUUAAAAUUUCUUUAAUAACUCGAAUAUAUUUCACAAUACAAAUGAUCUCUCAAGUUAAAGGUAAUAAGAUAUUUAUUUUAGAUUCAGAACAGGCUCCAAUAUUAAAGAAAGUCGAUCUGUUGAUAAAUUAAUAUAGAAUCUUCCAAGUCUUAGUCCACGAUAGACUUCAUUUAAAAGUUUUAAAUAUUGCCAUACAAGUCCUGAUACCAAAUUCAUUUCUCAGAAGCAAGGGUUUACCUUAUUAAUAACAAAAUCCCCUAAGAAGUGAAUUACUUUAAGUUAAAGAACCUUUUUUGAUAUCAU